CGGAAACUACCACAGAAAACAGUUGAAAGUAACAGAAGCGGUUAUCACUGAAGUUGACAACUUGGCAUUUUGAAAGAAUAUAAUAUAAUAAUAAUGUAUGAUUUUGAGUCAUUUCAGUCCUGCGAUACAGAUGACCAAAAGCUGGAGAAUGAGUCAGUGAAUCAAGCCAUCGUCGAGAAUCCAGUGACUUUUCAUUGUGGACGAUGCAACACCGUGUGGGCUGAUUGCCGAGGGAUCUGUGGAGAAGCAACAUCUGUCAACUCGCUGAUUUGUCUUGAGGUAACCCAAGAUGUGACCAUCAAUAGUGAACGUGAGUGGAGCCUGGAUGGUCUGUUCAGUGCAUGUGUGUCUGUCCUCCCCAUGUAUAGUGUGUACAACACUCUCCAAUGCGCCGGCUGUCUCUGCCUCAUGGGUGUAAUCCUCUACUCAACACCACAGCACCUGUCUGCUCUGCGCAACCUCUUUCUCCUCAAGAAAGACGAGAUGUAUUGUUAUAUUUUCAGCACUGGCCAAAUGGUGAAAGCCUCUACACUCAACUUUAGUGUAGCACCACUAGGAGAACGUGUAAGUGAGGGUUGGGGUCAAUUUGAAUUGAAGACUGUCAAUUCAGGAAAUAAACUGAAAAUUCAAAUCACUGGCUGAAUUGACCCCAACCCUGGCCCUGUCUCGUCUGUUCUUCCUGCCAGCUGAAACAACUGAUCCAGGAAACGGAAAGUCACCUUAGCAAUGUGUCAGCAGUGAUGGAUGACACCCGCACGAAUGAAGCAACCUCAUCUGUCCAGUAGUCAAGCUGAUCCUACCUGGGUUGUGUUCAUAAGGGCACAUUAUAGCAAAAUGUUUUAAAACAGAAAAUUAGCGUUUUUCUUAUUGGACAAGUAUUUUCUUCCGUUUUUGUGCCUAUUGAACACGAAGUGCCUGUUCUGUUUGACAAUCCUCCGUCAACUGCACUUUAUUCUCUAGUUCCAUGUUCUGUUUUUGAAGGGCCCUUUUGUAGCCUGGGAGCCAGUCUGUUUGCGCCAUCAUGCCACUCUUGCCACAAAAGUUCAUAAUAAUUUGACUAAAUGGAGGGCAUUCCUAUGUGUGGUGUUCCACCAAAAAUUGACAAUUUAGAGUGAAAAUGGGAGUUCCCUCCUUGAGAUGUUAAAAAGUAGCUACCUCGUAUUCUACUGUUCAAUGUGUUUGCCUCAUAGUUUAUGCUAAAUGGCACUGUACUUUAUCAAUGUUUACUAAUGUGACGUUCCACAUAGAUGAGACAUUGCACUGUGUGUGUGUUCAGGUAUUAAAACUUAUGUAAACCAAUAAAUGUCUUAAUUUCCAUA